AUGGUUCAUGCAUCUCUUGAUAGUUUGCCCGUUGAAUUGUUGCAUCGUAUUUUUGAUUUUUGUGAUAUUCAAACGGUUCUUGUUUCGAUUGGUUAUGUCUCCAAACAACUUCAUGCUAUUUCUAAUAGCUACAAUCGAUUGAAGCUCAACUAUGACUCAUCAUCAGAGCACUAUUUCAAACGGAUUUCUUGUCAUGUUCGACCCGAAAACGUUAUUUCUCUGAUUAUAAACAAUGAUGGUACCAGAAAUGAUCGAAUUCGACAAUUUGUCACAUUUUUCGGUGCUUGUCGUUUCACUCGAAUUGGUUCAUUGACUCUGAACUGUUCAGAUAAUGCACUAUUGGAACAUUUUCUACAGCAUAUAGAAUGCGAAUCUCUGAAUUCACUUGUGAUCAAACCAGAUUCACCAAAUAUCAAGACAAAUUGGACUCUUGCUUUACGAGCAAUUACUCAGUUUCAAGUUCGAAAACUAGGUUUUUACAAUGAUUUGGAUUAUCAGAUUGAAGCUACACAAUGGUCAUUUCAGUACAAACUAGAACAUCUAAUCAUGCUUAAAUGUCUUUUUCAAGAAUAUGUUGCCAUUAUUCAACAUUUUCCUAAUUUACGUACGUUUGUAAUGAGAGAUUGCAUUGUGAAUAAUAAUGAAGAAACCAUGAGUUCAUUAUCUCAUUCAACAUAUGCUUCUGCUUUGAAGUCUUUGACCAUUGAACAGUGUUCCUUGUCUAUGAUAGCAUUAGAAUUGCUGCUUUCAUUCACACCAACUCUUGUACAUUUGAAAUUCGGCUCUGAUGAACGAAUGCUCGAUUCCAUAUGGGAUGGUUAUUCUUGGAAACGAUUGAUCGAAACCAAAUUACCUUCACUGAAACAGUUCGAAUUUGUCGCCUUUUGUAGUUUAUCCAAUGCGAAUGAUACUCAUUUCAUUAGUCUCAAAUCAAUCAUUGCUCCUUUUCGAACAAGAUUCUGGCUUAAAGAAAAACAUUGGACUUUUACUUGUGAUUACGUAUUUCGAUCGCAUCAAGUUAGACUAUACACAACACCAACUGAACUAACUAAUUCGAACCAGACCAUUAGAUAUGAAAUAAUGUCAACAGAUGGUAUUCAUCGUUUUACUCACAGAUCGAUCAACAAAACGAUUGAUGAUUGUACUGAGGAAACCCUUAAAUCGUUGAACCUUCGAUCUAAUCAAAUUGGAAACCAAGGCGCACAGUAUUUAGCUACUGGUUUGCGAUCUAACAAAACACUGAAGACACUCGAUCUGUACAAAAAUCGCAUAGGCGACGAAGGAGCACAAGCCCUAGCUGAUGCAUUAAUAACCAACACAACGUGCAACUCGCUUAACCUCGACAGCAACCUUACUACAUAUUGUGUGACUGUCGGAGCAGCUGUGAAAAUCCGAAGCAAUCAAACACUGUCGCUGUACAAACAUCCAAUCAAAGAAAGAGAUAUCCAAUAUCUCGCUAAUGCCUUACGAAAUAGCAUGACACUUACAACACUUGAUCUUUACAAAAAUGGACUCGGCGAUAACGGAGCAAAAUAUUUGGCUGAUGCCUUAGAACAUAACACAACACUCAUUCAACUUCAUGUUCGAUGGAAUCAAAUCGGUGAGGUUGGAGCACAUUAUCUUGCUAAUGCCUUACGAAACAAUAAGCAACUGAUUUCGUUGGAUCUCUGGCGUAAUGAAAUACAGGACAAAGGAGCAGAUCAUCUAGCUGAUGCUUUAAGAUACAAUACGGUGACUCUCAUCCUUUUUGUAAAAAAAAAUUCUCCUAUAUACAUUUUUAUCGAUGCACAGACACUCACCACAUUGAAUCUUCGAUUGAAUAAAAUAACAACUACAGGCGCACAACAUUUUCUUGGCAUUCUACAAAAUAACCAAACAUUGACGACGAUUUGUUUCGAUAGAAAUGAAGCUUUACAAUCCGAGUCACAUAAAUCAAUGGAAGACUAUCCAAUACAAUGGAUUAACUGA